GCCGGUGGGUGAGGGGGACCCGCCACCGCCGGUCCCCGCCCGCGCCGCGGCUGGGGCGGGGGGUGCCGGCUGCGGCCCCUCGGGUGCCUGGGACCGGCGGAGAGGCGCGGCGAGGGAGCCGCGUCUUGUCCCCGGUCCGGGGCGGGGACUCGGAGGCCGCCUCCGCCCCUGCCCCGCGGGAUGCCCACCCGGCCUUGGCCUUGCUUCGGCGGGAGUCCUGUCGCGGGGCGUCUGUCGGCGAUAAACCCGCCUGCGUCGGCGACGGGCCCGCCGGCCUGGGGUCACCGCUGGUGUGCGUGUGUAGUUAGGGUAGCCACCUCUGCGUUCACAUCCUCAGAAAUGCGCAGCAGCGUUGUUAACGUUUUUUUUGUUUUUUUUUGUUUUUUUGUUUUUAACGUGCUGGUGGUAGGCGAGGUAUUCGUCUGAGAGAGAGAGUUGCUGUGUAAACGCUGAAGGUUGAGACUAGAAACCAAGGUUUCAGUUCUCCAGUUAACAGCAGAUAAUCUGAGUAAACCCGAAGAUACUCUGCAGCACAGAACCUGCUCCCUUUCCUGUGUGAGGGGGCUGUUAAGUGAGAAUACAAACACGUGAAGCUGAGGGAAACCCAGAGAAGGUGCUGCUGGGUUGCCAGUAAUCCAGGGGUUGCUGCCAGGUGAAGCAUAUGGUCCCAGUGCUGCAGGCUUAUACAGCUGUGUACUGCUUAGAUCUGUUCAGGAUGCACAUGGAACGGAGAUAAAAAAAAAAAAAAAAUGGUGCAUUUGGAUGAAUGUGAGUUUAAUACAGUUUCAAAAAAGAAAAUGUAGUACAGAAAAAGUAAUAGUUGCGGCUGUCUGCAUGAAGCACAUAACUGUAUUUAGAGCUCUUAAUUUAUACUUUAUUCAAGCAGCUUUCCAAAAGAUGGAUUUCUGUACAAAAUCAGACACCGAUAACACAGUUUUGGCAUGUUUGAGACAUAGUUGAAAGGCCACAUUUUCAGUUCCUGCAAAUGGAACAAUAAUCAUCAUUUAAAACACCUAAGAUUUUAAAAACCUUGACUGAAUACUCCUGUCUAGCAUGAGGCAGUGCAAAACUUAAAAUAUGAAAAAUAAUUUAUAAUUGAAAAUUAUUAUUAUACCUUUCAGUACUCUAAUAUUAAAGUCUUGUGACUAAACAGUGUUUUAUCAUAUAGAAGGGAGGCCCCUAGAAGGGCAGUAGAGAAUCUGAAUAAAAGAAGCGGUGUAGAAGUAAAACAGCAAAAUCGUUCCAGGAGAGUUUAGGAGUAUCAACAUGUGCUGGUUACGUUGAUCUAAAAUCCCCUUGAAUCUAAACCAAACCUGUGGAUUCAGAAUCCUGUAACUGCUCAAAGAUUCGGAAAGUAAAUGAUUCAAGUCAAAAUGCAUCUUCAGAGUUGAAGUUGUUUGCAAGUUUCCCUUAGCUUUUGACUCACAAGAACUCUGCAAACAGACAUUGGAAAAACUUUGGCUUUCAGUUUGACUUUGGCAUGCUGUUUGGCUCUUGCACGCUAGUUACCUGUUCAUAUUUACUGUAAAUAAUGACUAGAAACCUAACCUACAACUAGACGGUUGAAGUAACUUCUGGAAGGGUUUGUUUCCUUUUCUUCCCCCCACCCCCUUAAGACUUUUUGUCUUACGGGAUUUGUUUGCAAUCUGCUCGCUGAAGCUCUGAGGCAAGUUUGCCAGAUCUGGGACUGCAUCAUCGUUCUGCACAUCUGGAAGUGGUUUAUGGGCUCUCAUUCCUCCAGUGCGGCAUCUGGACUCUGCAAUUCCUCAGCAGCAGAGGAAAGAAAACCAGCACAACUCCAAAAUAAACUCUGAAGAGUUUGAAAAAAGAGUUGAAUCUUAAAAUUGUUACUGUGCCCUGUAAGGCCCUUGUGCGUGCAACUUCAAAGGAGGAUGAUGAUUAAGGAAGCUUUGGCAAGAGUGUUUGCAGCUGUGGGCUAUCAAGGAUCCGAGUAAAUAUCUCUACAAUUCUUCAGGAGAGACGAGUCCUGAAUACUGUGCUGCUUUGAAGAGAUUACAGUUCUCAUCCAACAGGACACAUGGCUCUUUUAAAGAAAAUUAACCAGAUCUUACUGUUACUUCUUGUUUUAACCGUGUGCGCCAUUUUGUAUAACAAAGUUCACCAAGUGCCAUCUACAUUAAAGAAUGAAACAGUUGAUUCAGAGAGUCCUGAGGAAAUGGAAGAAGAAAUCCCAGUUGUAAUCUGCGCUGCUGCGGGCAGAAUGGGUGCAGCUAUAGCAGCAAUCAGUAGCAUCCACAGCAACACAGAGGCCAACAUUUUGUUCUACAUAGUUGGGCUGAAGACUACCAUCCCUCAUAUUCGAAAAUGGAUUGAAAAUUCUAAACUGAAAGAAAUAAAAUUUAAGGUUGUAGAAUUCAACCCUAUGGUACUAAAAGGAAAAAUCAGGCAAGAUGCAUCGCGUCCUGAGCUACUGCAGCCUCUGAACUUCGUUCGAUUUUAUCUUCCUUUGCUUAUCCAGAAACAUGAGAAAGUAAUAUAUUUGGAUGAUGAUAUCAUUGUUCAAGGUGACAUCCAGGAACUCUAUGAUACUAAGUUAGCUCCUGGACAUGCCGCAGCUUUUUCAGAUGACUGUGAUCUGCCUUCUACACAUGAAAUGGUUAGAAGUGUAGGGAUGCAGAACACGUACAUGGGAUUCCUGGACUACAGAAAGCAAGCGAUUCGAGAUCUUGGCAUCAGCCCCAGCACCUGCUCCUUUAAUCCUGGAGUAAUUGUUGCUAACAUGACUGAAUGGAAACAUCAACGGAUUACAAAACAGUUGGAAAAGUGGAUGCAAAGAAAUGUGGAGGAAAACCUCUACAGCAGCACCCUUGGGGGAGGUGUGGCAACCUCUCCCAUGCUGAUUGUAUUUCACGGGAAGUAUUCCCCUAUUAAUCCCAUGUGGCACAUAAGGCAUCUUGGUUGGAGUCCUGAUACCCGUUACUCUGAGCAUUUUCUUCAAGAAGCUAAAUUACUUCAUUGGAAUGGGAGAUACAAACCUUGGGACUAUCCCAGCAUUCACACUGAUCUCUGGGAAAACUGGUUUAUUCCCGACCCUUCAGGGAAGUUCAAAUUAACACGUCCUGAUAGCUGAUACUGAAGCCACUUGAAUGCAUCCAUAUGCUAUGUUUUGCAGUAUGUAAUAGUUUGAGAUGCAACAUGUUGUAUGAUUAACUGAUUUUAGAAAAUGAAGCAUUUGUUAAAUAUAUGAAGAAACGACCAUCACUUUUGCCUGCUUAUGGCUGGAGAGGGAGGCUGGAGUGACAGUUACACUGUUCAGAUGAUCUUGACUUUCAUGUAAGGUGAGGAAAGAAGUUGACUUGACAAUGAAGUGUUUUCAGUAACUGUUUGCAGAGCUCUGUGACUGUUUUGCAGUGUUUCUGGGUAUUACAUAUCCUGUAGUGCAUUUCGACCCCUGUGAGCAAGAUGCAAAAGCACAUCCUGAGACACUGCAAUACAAUUUCUGAUUUUAUUGUGAAGCAUUGAUAGAUUUAAGACAGAUUAAGAACUUUUGUAUUACUGUAAGGAAAAGAGCACCAGUUCUGAGGGAGGACACAUAGAAUGGCAAUAUUCAGUGAAACGGUCAUUGUACACUUAAAUGUAUUUUAUACUUAGAUAACUGAGUAGGUGACUGUUAAGGAAGAGACCUUUCCUUUCCUGUCAAACAGGAUAGCCUUACAGUAGUUAUAUCCUACUGUGCUACAUACUCAGCAGUGCUAAUUACAUGCUUCUAGUUUUGUUGAAAAAUAAAAUUGAAUUGUAACAAA